CCUCGCCGCCCGACCGCGCCGGCUCCCAGCGCCCGGGCGAGAAUGGGUACUGGAAGGAAGACUGAGACCAAGAAUGUCGCAACGCCAAAACAAGAUCAAAGCAAUACACGGCGGUAUGGUGACCAAUCUUUUCCAGCACGUAAUCUCGGGGAAGAUGAGCUAGGAGGAGUUAUUUUUGGCUGCACACACCAAACGAUCAAUGAAUGCCUCUCUAAACAGCUAUUUGGUUUGCCUUCAGUUCAUUUCUCCUAUGUGAAGAAUAUUAAGCCCGGAAUGCCUCUGUUUCUGUUCAAUUAUAGUGACAGAAAAAUGCAUGGCAUUUUCGAGGCUGCAACUCCUGGCCAGAUUGCCAUUGACCAAUUUGCUUGGAGUCGUGAUGGUAGAACAAAGACACAAUAUCCUGCACAGGUUCGUGUCUCCACCAAAACUCAGUGCUUACCACUUCCAGAGACCAAGUACAAAAGUGUGAUUAGUGGCAAUUAUUAUAACUUUCGCCACAUCUACUUUGAGCUAGACAAUGCACAAACAAGAGACCUAGUUUCUUUGUUUGUACCUGCUCAUGCCCAUGCUAUUCCAAGAGCCCAGAACCUUUCUGGGUUUCCUGCUUCUGUUCACGCUGUUCGAAAAGAAAUCGAUUCUGGUCUGAAGGAUGGCAAUCAGUUUGGUGUUUCGUCACAUUCAAAUGAUAUGGUUCCUUACAAAUCGGUCGAUCGAAAUGCCAACUAUGGUAUUUCUAGCGCAAGUAGAACAUCAGAGAGUAACUUUAGUGAGAAGGCUUCUGAGCGGGAUGGUUUGAAUGACAGUGUGACUGAGAAAGAAAUAGAAUCUGUGAAUGAUGACCAUCCACGUAUCAAUCCAUUUCAUGAUGAACAACAUGGCACAAUGGCUGUUUUGCAAAAGUUGCAAGAAUUGUCUUGUUUACGACAGACUCUUACCAAAGAUUCAUCUAAUGCCACCUUGGAGGGUGAUGCAAUUGUGAAAGACAACACAUCCCUUGAGCAACGUUGUGAAAAUGAUGAGCUGCUUCAAAUUAUCAAUGAAUUAGCCAAGAAGACUGAAGCAAUUUGGGAAAAGCAGACUGAAUCAGAUCAAGAAAGGCUUGUAUUGAGGGAAACUGUAAAGAUCAUGGAAACAAAAAUUCAGCAACUGCAAUACCAAUAUGAGAAAUUACAAUUGGAGUAUUCAGCGGCACUCCUUGGUGAAAAACGCAAUAAUGUUGAAGGGCCAUCAAUAUUCCUAAUAGGUGGUCAUAAUGGCUAUACCUGCUUGCCAUCCCUUGAUUCAUUUUAUCCUACAAUAGACAGACUAGUGCCGCUAAGGCCUAUGAGCUCAGCCCGUGCAUAUGCUGCUGUUGCUGCAUUUAAUGAGCAUCUCUUCGUUUUUGGUGGUGGUGAUGGCGAUUCGUGGUACAACACAGUGGAAAGCUACAACAGGGUGAGCAAUGUGUGGAUAACAUGCCCAUGCUUGAAACAGAACAAAGGAGGUCUUGCUGGAGCUACGUUGAAUGGUAAAAUAUUUGCUAUUGGUGGGGGGAAUGGGUCUCAAUCUUUUUCAGAAGUUGAGAUGUUUGAUCCAGCGCAUGGGAGUUGGAUACACAGCCCGUCUCUGCAGCAAAGUCGAUUUACUACUACGGCAACUGAGUUAAAUGGUGUCCUCUAUGUAGCUGGUGGUUAUGAUUUCAACAAGGACUCAUAUUUACAAUCAUUGGAAAGGUAUGAUCCAAGGGAGGGUUUCUGGACCCAGCUUACAAGCAUGAAAACAAAAAGAGCGUGCCACUCUGUUGCUGUCUUGGGAGAAACCCUAUAUGCUCUGGGAGGGUAUGAUGGAAACCAGAUGGUUUCCACUGUAGAGAUCUUUGACCCUCGUGCGAAUUCGUGGAGGAUCAGCAGCCCGUUCAGCGUCCCACGAGGAUAUGGGUGUGCGGUGACAGUGAACGAUAAUGUUUACCUCAUUGGUGGGACCAGUGCUGAUGCAGAAAGUGUUGAAACUGUUGAAGUUUACAACGAGAGGCAAGGCUGGUCAGUCCCUGGUUACAAGGCGAUAGGGCAGAGGAGGUUUGCCUCCGCUAUUGCCUUUUGACAGGGCUGCAGACCCACAUUUUUUGCGGGAGCUAUAUGGACCCGCCCUUCGGUUGGCCGCGGGUUCUGUACAGUGUGACAUGCCAGUCUCAAACCCUCUUCUUGAAACAGCCUCUAGGGAUAUGAGAAUUUUUUGACCCCCUUGUCAGUGCCCAUCAGUCUGGUGCUUCUCUGACUCACCAUAGACUAGAUUUCACAGUAACACAAGGUCUUAACACCAGUAGUCCACCUGCUAGUCGUUCGGGCGUUGUAGUUCAUUGUUGAUUCUCUUGUUGAGGCAAAAAAUACACCGUGGCACUUUGAUGGAACCUGGACAUGACGAAUUGAGCUGUUCACGGUUCAUGAGUGGCAGACUCCAAAACUAACGAAUCGGGCUGGUUAUGAAAGCUGAAGGAACAUGUGUUUUUUACUGUA